AAAUUGUAACUGUUACUGCGGGUUGUUUUUAAUUUUGAUUUUUGAAAUAUAUCAGAUGGGCAUGGGCAUUGAGCGCAUGUUUAUGAUUUUGUAAAUUUGACUAAAUAAAUUAUAAAAUUUAAAUUUCUUCUUAAUGUAGCAAAAACAUAUUUGAUCUGGUAUUUCAAAGGUAUUAUUAGUUAUUUGCCCACAAGAUUGAAAUGAAAAGUAAAUACCAUGCUAUUUGCUAAUUACAAAUAUUCUUAAAAAGCAAAAGAAGAAUAUCAAUCUUAAAUUAAUUUAAAUAAAGUGUAAGGUAGACGUUGGUCCAAUAAUAUUUAUAACUAAUAUCAAGCAAACGCACGCAAUGUCAUCUGGAAAAAAAUGUAAGCAUUGUGGGUCAUCCGAAAUCGAAGUUGACCCUGCAAGAGGAGAUGCUGUGUGUACAAACUGUGGUUCUGUCCUCGAAGAUAGUAUUAUUGUAGCUGAUAUUGAGUUUCAAGAGACUGCACAUGGUGGAGCCUCAGUUAUUGGCCAGUUUGUGUCAGCUGAAUCAAAGGGAGGCGCAUCAGGAUUUGGAAGAGCAUUCAAUUCUGGAAUAGGCCAAGAAUCUAGAGAGGUCACAUUACGGAAAGCAAGAGAUGGAAUCACAGCAUUGUGCCAACAGCUGCGUUUAAAUCAGCAAUGUAUUGAUAUUGCAUGUAAUUUCUUCAAGUUGGCACUUAUGCGUCACUUGACUAUUGGACGACCGUCAGCACUCACACAGGCUGCGUGUAUUUAUAUGAUGUGCAGAACAGAAGGGACUGCUCAUCUAUUAAUUGAUAUAAGUGAUGCACUGCAGAUAUGUUGUUAUCAACUGGGUCGCACAUACUUCAAACUCUCGAAGACUCUCUGCAUCAACAUUCCACCAACUGAUCCAUGCAUUUACAUCCUCCGAUUCGCAUCUCAACUGCAGUUCGAAGACAAACAGCACGAGGUGAGUAUGACAGCACUUCGGCUUGUGCAGAGGAUGAAGAGGGACUCAAUACAUUCCGGACGUCGGCCUUCAGGUGUCUGCGGAGCCGCUCUCCUCAUAGCAGCAAGACUGCACAACUUUUCGCGGACGCCGUCUGAUGUUGUCCGUAUAGUCAGGGUGCAUGAAAGUACACUGCGCAAGCGGCUUCUGGAGUUUGGUGAUACUCCAUCCAGUGCGUUGACACUUGACGAAUUCAUGACAGUUGACCUUGAAGAGGAGCAGGACCCUCCAAUUUUCAAAGAAGCUAGGAAACGGGAUAAAGAACGACUGCAAAAGCUUAUGGAAGAAGAGGACGGAGAGAGAGAACUUUCCGAACUUCAGAAGGAGAUAGAAGAACAAUUAGAGAAAGACAAUGCGAAGAAGAAAAAGUUAGCAGCAACGCCAAGCUCAAUCAGAAGUGGGGGUGUAGAUGAAUCCAUCAACGAAGAAGAUGAAGCGACUCGUUUCGCAGAAGAAAGGACUAUCAGUCUUAUUGGAGAGUUGGCGAAGACCGUCUCAAAAGACACAGAAGAAAGCGCCACAGUAGUAGAAGAAGAGAAAGAAUUAGGUCCAGAAAAGGCAGUGAUCGGUAUAUCCCACGUUAAUGAGAAAACAGACACUUUUUUGAAGCCAGAACCGAAAACCCAGUUCCCAAAUAACCUGACGAAUGCGGAUGAACUGGUUCUUGGGGAUGAAGAUGAGGCGUAUAUUGAUUCCCUCAUCAUGACUCCUGAUGAAGCGAGGUAUAAGAUCAAAAUGUGGAAGACCAUAAAUGCUGGUUAUCUUCGAGAACAAAAGAUUAAAGAAGAAAUCCGCGCAAAAGAAAAAGAAGAAGGGAAAGAUAGAAAGAAGAAAGUGCGUGGCUCGUACAGGAAGAAAGUGAAUUGUAAUGCCGCUACCGCAGGAGAGGCGAUUGGGAAGAUGUUGGCCGAGAAGAAGAUGAGUUUGAAGAUUAAUUAUGAUAUACUCAAAAGUUUGGAUCAGCCUGGUGUCUCUAUUCCUGUGACUUCCAGUGAACCUGUUGUGGAAAGUCCGAAGGACGAGCUAGUGGAGAGUAAGACACCAGGUCCACCCCCAUCUAAGAAGAAAAAGAAGAAAGCAGCCCCACCUUCAGAUACGGAAUCGAACCCUCCUACUCCAGCACCGGAAACACCUGUUCCCAGCACGCCGAUACAAAAGGAUAUAGAAGCUGAUGAUUACGAAGAAGAAAUAGAUACAACAGAAAAUGAUACAGAACUAUCUUUAGCCAGCAUGUUGCAGAACCAGCAAGAGGAUGAUUAUUAUGAUUAUGAAGAAUAUUAGUUUAUUUUUGAUCUUCUAUUGUAUAGUUAUUGUUUAAGUAGUUGGAGAAAUGGACAUAACUAAAUUCCGGACUAAAAAUUGUUAAUUGGCAAUGUUCGUUAAGUAAUCUAAACAAUUGGUUUAGGUUACUGAUACUUAAUUUAUAAGGGCUAUACCGGCUUUAUAAUUAAGAUUUGUUGAGUUUCUAUAUAAUCAUGUAACAAUGUAAUACAACAUUUUACAGUCGCUAUAUACAAUAAGAAACAAUAUAUUUACAUAUUAUUAUUUUUCUUCAGCGACUGACAUAUACCGCUGAAUAGACAAGUCUGAUCAUAUUAAGCGGGUACAAAUUAAGUGUAAAGAAAAAUAAAAAAUACAGUGAGAUAAAUUUGUCUGAAGCGGUACGGAUGAAGUGGUUUUGUUGUACAUACAUCUUAGGAUUGUUUGAAAGUACCUUAUUUUAGUAUAUUUUAUUUAUUUUAGUUCAAUUACUUAUAAUUUUUAAGUUGUCUUAUUAAGAAAACCAUUCGGUAUUUGUAACAAUGUGAUGCUUUUAAUCUAUGAAACUCAAUGUAGUGGAAUAAAUGAAGGAAUUCUUAAAUUAUGUUUGCCCAUGUAUUGUAAGGAUAAUGUUUCUCUGCAUGGAAUAAUCAUUUAGAUUAAAAUGUUAUAUACUCUGUGGUAUUAUGAUGUGUAGACAUAGAGAACAAACUUGUACUUUGUAUUAUCAUUUAAAAUGGCCUAAAGGUCUAGAUACCAGGCCAUAAACUCCAAAAAAAAAAAAAAAAAUUUAAAAAUGAUAUGUUAUUUGUUAAUUUGCAUUAACUAAAGCAUUGUGUCACAUUCCAUUCUCGGGGUAACAAAACUAAAAAACGUUUUACGCACGUUUACACACGGGUUUAGCACAUUGUAUGAUGUUAAUGAAUUUUGUAAGUGUAUAUUAUACAACUUUGUAUUUCCCGCCAAAACUGUCUGGUCUAUUCUCUAUGUUUAAGAUGCUUUUAUACAUAAAUAAACGUUUUAAAAUAUGA